GCUUACUCUCGUCGGUGCCUAUGGUAUUAGCAAGAUUGAGAAGCAGGAAGUUCUUGUCCAGGUUUUUCUUUCCUGAAAACGAAGAACAGAAAACAAACUAUGUCAAUGUCGUCUACUACGUUGUCUUGCUCGCGUCAUGUCCAACGUGUUUGGGCUUCUCGGUCAACGUUUGCUCUAGGUUGGUCUCCAUCGUGCUCGUCAUGCCUUCACUCUGCUAAACAUGCCACUGGGCCGAUUAUGCCUAUGUCUCCCAAUGACGCGAAGAUGUCGUCAAGGUCCUUCUGCUCUCGACGGUCGACCACAGACGAGACACAAGAAGAUGGCAGCAUGACUGCCAAAAUCACUGCCGAUCUUCUUCUAUCAAGAAGGCCACCAGCAUGUUGCUCCUCUACUCCCCGAUCUAGGUCGUGUUCCACUGUGAUAUCCCCAGUAUAUCCCUUCUCCUCACAAGAAGUGGCAUGCAGAGGAUCCACAACUACUACAUCACCUGGAGCUCUUUUCCAUCCCUCAAAACCCCUUUUGGGUCCGAAAAAGAAGGGUGGGAAAGAUGCUGGUGGCAAAGAGGAAAAGAAACCAAUUGCACCCGGAGCCGGUGACGUUUUCAACAUUUUCGCCAACGUUCCCGAUGUCCAGCUAAAAGACGAUGCGUGUUAUCCUGUUAUGGUGGAGGUGGAACUGGAUGAAGUUGUUUAGCUGAGUAGCAUAGAGAUAGAGUGUAUGAUGUGUAAACAAGACGGGUAAAAAUGCGAAGUGCAGUACGAUCCAUGUGUUACAGAGGACCGACUAACAAUUCUAUACUCAUAAUGGUACAUCAACAGGAACAACCUUAGGCAGACUGCCGAGUAGAUUCACAUCCUCACUGGGGCAUCAACUGAAUGACUGAAGACCAUACCCACACCCACGCCACCGCUAAUCGCAACUGGCUCUGGACAUUAAACGAACCUGGCCCAACGUACGGCGAGCUGUCUUUGAUGUUCAUCUACGGACACAAAAUUGAGGAUGCGAACCUUUACUUGUAUCGUCGUUUCCUCCGUAUGCAUCGCAAGCUCUGCAUCAAAGUGAACAACUUGCGCCUGAAGAAAUCUAAGCGGAGAAUACAGGUCCAGGUGGACUGAGGAUGUUUUGAGUUUCUUUGUGGAGCUCCUGCGAUGAUUUUCUUACAUUUUCUGGAAGAGAGUGACUCGUCAUUUUUGAGUACUAUCUUCAUAAAAUAAAUGGAAAUGAAUCUCUUGCUGCAGCUCGAGCUUAGUGCUUGAUGAUCAUGUACUACUUGUACUUAGAUCCU